AUGCGUCUGUCUCUUCCAGCCAAGGUCUUGCCCUCCAGCUAUGAUCUGCCGUCUUAUCGUGGUCGCGGACGUACUACGAUCAUCUCACCAACAGUGGUUAUUACUGGUGUGCUGUCUGUGAUCUAUGUCCUGGCAUACACAUACUAUCACUAUGUGAGCGCACGCGAUCCGACUUCCUACUUUUUCGACAAAAGUCGGGCCUAUAGUCAGAAAUAUUCAAGGUUGCGGAUUGAGCAGGCAGACAACUUUGUCACUCGCAUCAAUGCGGGCGCAGCGGCCGUCAAGGCCGCUGAUGCGCCGCCGCGCAUUUGUGUGGGUGUAGCGACUGUCGCGCGUCGUAAUCAACAAUAUGUCAGUACGACUAUAGGCUCUUUGCUCGAGGGUCUCACCGAGUCUGAACGCCAGAGCAUGUUCUUGAAUGUUCUCGUCGCUCAUUCAGACCCUGCUAAGCAUCCCAGCGCCAACGACAAGUGGAUGAAUACUCUGCCUGACCGUGUACUGCACUACGAUCCAGACAGUCCAGACUAUGACCAGAUCGUGGCGUGGGAAGAAGGAGGAUGGUAUCGCAACAAGACGAUAUACGACUACACUUACCUAUUGAGGGACUGCUACAACACAAACUCAGAGUACAUUGCAAUGAUCGAGGAUGAUACCAUUGCUGCUCGAGGUUGGUACAAACAAGCUCUACAAGCACUAGACACAGUUUCCAAGACUAUGCAAAUUCGUGCACAAACACGCUGGGCCUAUCUAAGAUUGUUCUACGUCGAAGACUUGCUUGGCUGGAAUAGUGAGGAGUGGCCAAAAUACCUUUUCUGGUCUUUAGUUGUCUGGUUUGUAUUGUCGUUCGGCAUGCUCUACGCUAAAAAGAAUUUCUGGCGGCACGUUGACAAUAUCAGCUAUGCUGCCAUUGCGUUCGUGUCCGGAAUACUCAUACCUCUAAGUAUAGGCUUGCAUUUCAUGGCCGGACGCCAGACCAUGUGGCCCAUUCCCGCAGGGGUUCAAGAAAUGAACAAAUACGGCUGCUGCUCACAGGCUUUAGUCUUCCCUCGGUCAGUCAUACCACUGAUACUUGCCAGGUCGGAUCUCACAACAGAUUGGCUAGUAGAUAUGAUGAUUGAGCAGAUUGCGGACAAAGAGCAGUUGGAUCGAUGGGCCGUUGUGCCUGCACUUUUUCAGCACAUCGGUACCACAAGCUCGAAAGGAUACGGAUUUGACACGAAUGCGAGAGAAUUGUGGAACUUCAGGUUCGAGGAUCAUCCACCAUGA